UUUACUUCCGGUUCUCACAAGAAAUGGCUUCACUUGACAGAGUUAAAGUUCUAGUUUUAGGCGAUUCAGGAGUGGGAAAGUCCUCCUUGGUCCAUCUACUUUGCCAGAAUCAAGUGUUAGGGAAUCCGUCGUGGACUGUGGGAUGCUCUGUGGAUGUGAGGGUUCAAGACUAUAAGGAGGGAACGCCAGAUGAGAAAACCUUCUACAUUGAACUGUGGGAUGUUGGAGGAUCUGUCGGCAGUGCCAGCAGUGUCAAAAGUACGCGAGCAGUCUUCUACAAUUCGGUCAAUGGAAUCAUCUUGGUACAUGAUCUGACAAAUAAGAAAUCCUCUCAGAAUCUCUACCGCUGGUCUCUGGAAGCUUUGAACAGGGAUUCCUCUCCAACAGGAGUCAUCGUCUCAAAUGGCAGCGACUAUGACAGAGAGCAGUUUGCUGAGAAUCCUGUACCUCUGCUCUUAAUUGGAACCAAGUUUGACCAAAUUCCAGAGAGCAAACGCAGUGAGGUUCUCACUCGGACGGCUUUCCUGUCUGAAGACUUCAACGCAGAAGAGAUCAACCUUGACUGUACCAACCCCAGAUAUCUUGCUGCAGGCACAUCAAAUGCAGUGAAACUCAGCAAGUUCUUUGACAAGGUAAUCGAAAAGAGAUAUUUUACAAGGGAUCCAAGUCAGAUGACCGGUUUCACAGACAGAAAACGGUUCAACUUCAAAAGCUUGCACUAUGACUGAGCCAGGAAUGCAACUGAGAGGAGCAUCAGCCAUGGGCGACGCGCAUCCACAACAUUUCCACCCACUCUUUGCAUUUGUCGAAGUUUUAAUUAAGUUGAAGCAAACACAUUUGUAAAUAGCUGAUUCAACUUGCACAGGGAUUUUGCAAAUGAGAGAUGGAGAUGAGGAAAAUAAAAGGAGCAAGAAAGCUGAAUUAAAGUCAGAACUUUUUU